GCGACUCAGUCAGUCCCGUUUUUUUUUCAAACAGCACCACACUUUGAAUCAGAUUAGCGACAAUGGCUGGCGAUGGCGAUUCCUCUCCCCUGCCCUCCAGCAGCAGCAGCAGCAGCAGCAACAACACCACCACUACUACAACCACUACAGUGACCCCUUCUUCCAAGACAGACCUGAACGCGCUCUUCCACCGCGACUUGACCCUGCCCGAUGGCACCGUGACGGACGUCAUGACCCACUUCAUCUCGCGCAUCACCACCCUGUUCACCGACUAUAUGCGCGAAACAUCGUCGCGCGAGGACGCCAAGGUCGUCAACUACAUUGCACCAAAGGAUUUGCUCGCUGCGUUCGACAUGCGCAUUACGGACGAGCCCGAGUCGCUUGGCAAGAUUGUCGAGUACUGCGAAACCACCCUCCAGCACGGCGUCCGCACGUCCCACCCGCGCUUUUACAACCAGCUCUUUGCCCGCAUCGACCCUGUCGCCAUGGUCGGCGAGUGGCUGACAACCAUGGUCAACACGAGCAUGUACACGUACGAGGUUGCCCCCGUCUUUAUCCUCAUGGAGGCGUACAUGCUGGAGCGCAUGCGCGAAUUCAUUGGCUGGGACGUGAACGUGCCCGGCGACGGCCUCUUCUCGCCCGGCGGCUCCAUCAGCAACAUGUACGCCAUGCAGGCUGCUCGUCACUACCACUUCCCCCAGACAAAGGAGCACGGCCUGCUGGCCAUUGGCAAAAUCCCCGUCGUCUUCACCUCGUCGCACAGCCACUACUCGAUCAAGAAGGGCGCCGCGCUCAUGGGCCUCGGCAUGCGCCACGUCAUUGCCGUGGACGUCGACCGCCGCGGCAAGAUGAUUCCCGCCGACCUCGACGCCAAGAUCCAGCUUGCCAAGGACGACGGCCUUGCCCCCUUCUUUGUCAACGCGACCGCGGGCACCACCGUUGUCGGCGCGUUCGAUCCCUUCGAGGAGAUUGCCGCCGUGUGCAAAAAGCACGGCGUUUGGAUGCACGUUGAUGCCGCUUGGGGCGGCAGCGCGCUCGUCUCGUCCAAGCAACGCGAGCUCCUGCGCGGCGUCGAGCUUGCCGACUCGGUCACCUGGAACCCGCACAAGAUGAUGGGCAUCCCGCUCCAGUGCUCUGCCAUUCUGAUCCGCACCUCUGGUCUCCUCUCGGGCUGCAACGCCACCAACGCCCAAUACCUCUUCCAAAAGGACAAGAUCAACACCGAGUACGACACUGGCGACAAGGCCAUCCAGUGCGGCCGCAAGGUCGACGUUUUCAAGCUCUGGCUGGCAUGGAAGGCAAAGGGCGACAAGGGCUACGAGCGCCAGAUUGACUAUGCCUUUGCCAACUCGCGACGCCUCGCAGAGCUCAUCCGCGCACGACCAGGCUUUGAGCUUGUCUACGAGCCCGAGUGCACCAACGUCUGCUUCUGGUACGUCCCUCCAUCGCUGCGCCACCUCGACCACACUGAGCGACGAGAAGCCCUGCAUCGCGUGGCCCCCGUCAUCAAGGCCGGCAUGCAAUACCGUGGCUCCAUGAUGAUUGGCUACCAGCCGCUCGACGACUUCCCCAACUUUUUCCGAAUGGUCUUCUCCAACCCGGCCGUCACCGAGGAGGAUAUUCAGUUCAUUCUGGACGAGAUUGAAAACCUUGGCCAUGCUCUGUAAUUUUGGCCCGUUCUUUCUUGAUUAUUUUUUUUUCUGGCUAAUUUUUUGAUUGAAUAUGUUGGAUUGUUGUGACACCCUUUUUUUCUUUUUGGUUUUCGACCGCGUUUUUUUGUUAAGAACCCUGAACUCUUUUUCUCUUUGACCUCUUCGAAGAGUUGAAUCCCCUUUUUCGUGAAACUUUUUGUUUCAUCAUGAAAUACAAUGUUUAUUUCCUCGUG